AUGGGUCUGGGAAUCUUGGACGAUAACAAGUUGGAUCAUGUUCCCGGAACAUCCUACGUCAAUGAGAACACAGAUCUUACAGAAACACCAUCAAACCAACAACCAUGGCUGAAAUACGAUCGCUCUGGUCCAGUUCCUAUCCUCCUCAUUCCGCAACCCAGCGAUGACCCCUAUGAUCCUUUAAACUGGCCAUUAUGGCGCCGCGACCUAAUCCUCGGCAUCCUCUCCCUUGUCGCGGUUAUCUGCGCCACCAUGAGCCCCAUCAUGGCCGCCAACACCGUCACCAUCGCCCUCGUCUUUAGAAAAGACUUUACGCAGGUCGCCUUGUUGACCGGUUAUCAUCUUCUUGGGGUUGGUCUGGCCGGCAUACUAUGUGUACCCACGGCAAGGAUAUGGGGCAAGCGCCAUUUGUUUAUAAUUGGCAAUGUAUUGAUGAUCGUCAGUACUGCGUGGGCAGGGGGAAGUACAGGGAAUUGGCGGAGUUUGGUGGCUGCGCGAGUCUUUCAGGGGUUUGCGCUGGCGCCUUUUGAGGCUUUGGUGAAUGCUUGUGUUGGGGAUUUGUUCUUUAUGCAUGAACGCGGAAAACGGAUGGCUUUUUCGAACGUUGCUCUUUUCGGCGGUGCUUUCUUGACUCCAGUCGUUGUUGGAAAGAUGACGGCGACGUUAGGAUGGCAGUGGUCGUUCUAUUUUGUUGCUAUCUUCACUGCGGCUGCAUUGCCGUUUGUGUUCUUUUUCGUCCCGGAAACUGCAUAUCGCCGGGCUAAGAAUUUGAAUAUGGACUAUUCCAGCGAUGAUUCUACAGAUGAUGGACAUGGCUCUCAGACGGAUAUUACCGAUUCGACGUCGCGGUCGCCUGGCAACAAUUCUGAGUCUGUGCAAGAGAAACCACAUCCACCGGAGCCGGAAAAUGAGGUUACAUCAAACACUACAAAUGCGCAAUACUCGUACUGGCGAACACUCAGACUUUUCAAUGGGAGAAAAACAGAUGAGAACUUUCUCAAAUUGUUUCUCCGGCCGUUUCCGCUGUUCCUCCAUCCCGGAAUUCUUUGGGCCUGCUUGACACAAGGCGUGCUGAUCGGAUGGACGGUAUUCAUCGGUGUUGUCCUGGCAGCUGUAUUCCUCGGCCCGCCGUUGUGGUUCGAUCAAGUAAAAACUGGCUAUCUAUACACCGGAGCCUUCGUUGGAUCAAUACUAGGCUUAGUAUUUUCUGGUCUUUUGUCUGACUGGAUCAACAAGCGCAUGAUCAAGCUCAACAAAGGCACCUACGAGCCCGAGUUUCGAAUAAUUCUUGUGUUUUUUCAAUUACUGUUCAGUGGCAUUGGACUUUACGGGUUUGGUAUCACUGCAGAGAACGUCAAACGAUACGGCUGGCUUAUCCCAGAUGUAUUUUUUGCGUUUGUUGUCAUGGGAAUGGUGAUGGGCGCCGUUUCGAGCUCAUUAUAUAUCGUGGAUGCACACCGUCAAAUUGCGGUCGAAGCGUUCACAUGCAUGCUAUUUUUCAAGAACAUCUUUAGUUUUAUCCUCACCUUCUUUGCGUACGAUUGGCUCGUCGUCAAGGCAGGCUCACGCGCUCCGUUUCUUGCCAUUGGCUCAAUUCAAGUUGGCAUCUGCCUGCUGGCGAUACCCAUGUACAUUUUGGGUAAACGAAACCGAUCUUUUUUUGCACGACAUAAUAUUCUGAAAGCGCUUCAUCUGUGGUGA